UCUCCUCCAAAGGAGUGGCAGCUCCUUCCCUCUUGAUCUCUCCCUCCUUCCCACUGGGCUCUUGCUCUUGUCUGUGCCUCUGGUUGCUCCAGCAACCAUGAGUCGCCAAUUUAGUUCUCAGUCUGCAUUUAGCUCAAGGAGCAGGCGGGCCUAUAGUACCAGGUCCUCCUCGGGCUUUGGUGGUGGUGGGAGUCGGACUGUGGGGUCUGUGAGUCAGGCCUGGGGCAGGUGUGGCGGUGGAGGGUAUGGGAACUAUGGAAGGGGCUUUGGCUCCAGGAGCCUCUACAACCUGGGUGGCAGUAAAAGCAUCUCCUUUAGUCUGGUGGGGAGAAGCGCCAGUGGCUUCUGCCAGGGUCGGGGAGCAGGAGGAGGAUUUGGAGGGGGCAGAAGCUUUGGGGGUGGUGGCUUUGGAGGUGGCGGCUUUGGGGGUGGCAGAUUUGGAGGUGGCGGUUAUGGAGGAGGUGGUUUUGGGGGUGCUGGAUUUGGGGCUAGCAAUUUUGGGCUUGGGGGUUUUGGUCCUUCUUAUCCACCAGGGAGCAUCCAAGAGGUGACCAUUAACCAGAGUCUCCUAGAGCCACUUCACCUAGAAGUGGACCCUGAAAUUCAGAGGAUCAAGACCCAGGAGCGGGAGCAAAUCAAGAUUCUCAACAACAAGUUUGCCUCCUUCAUUGAUAAGGUGCGAUUCCUUGAGCAGCAGAACCAAGUGCUACAAACAAAAUGGGAGCUACUGCAGCAGGUGAACACCUCAACUCGGAGCAACAACCUGGAGCCUAUCUUGGAGAGCUAUAUCAGUGAGCUGAGGAGGCAGGUGGAUUUUCUCAAUUCGGAGCAGAUGCGUAAAACCACAGAGAUCAGGAGCAUGCAGGAUGUCGUGGAUGACUACAAGAGCAAGUAUGAGGAAGAAAUCAACAGGAGGACCAGCACUGAGAAUGACUUCGUUGUUCUGAAGAAGGAUGUAGAUGCUGGUUUUAUGGGUAAAGUGGAUCUGCAGUCCAAAGCAGACACCCUGCUUGGGGAGAUCAAUUUCCUGAAAUAUUUAUUUGACACGGAGCUGUCCCAGAUGCAGACCCACAUCAGUGACACCAAUGUCAUCCUGUCCAUGGACAACAACCGCUCCCUGGACCUGGACAGCAUUAUCGAUGCAGUGCGGGUUCAGUAUGAGCUGAUUGCACAGAAGAGCAAGGAAGAGGCCGAGGCGCUGUACCAGACCAAGUACCAGGAGCUCCAGAUCACAGCAGGGAGACAUGGAGACGACCUGAAGAAUAGCAAGAUGGAGAUUAUAGAGCUCAAUCGCACCAUCCAGAGACUGCAGGCAGAGAUUGGCAAUGUCAAGAAACAGAUCGAACAGAUGCACUCAGUCAUUUCGGAUGCAGAGGAGAGAGGAGAGCGAGCCCUCCAGGAUGCAAAGCAGAAGCUUCAGGACAUGGAUGAGGCCCUGCAGCAGUCCAAGGAGGAGCUGGCUCGGCUGCUGCGGGAUUACCAGGCACUGCUGGGGGCCAAGCUGUCUCUGGAUGUGGAGAUUGCCACCUACCGCAAGCUGCUGGAGGGAGAGGAGAGCAGGAUGUCAGGACAGCUGCAGAGCCACGUGAGCAUCUCGGUGCAGAGUAGCCAGAUAACCACAAGUGGUGGCUACAGUGGCGGCGGCGGUGGCCAUAGUGGCGGCAGCGGUGGCUACAGUGGCGGCGGCGGUGGCUACAGUGGCGGAGGUUAUAGUGGCGGUGGUGGCAGCAGCUCCCGCGGAGGCAGUGGGGCAAGUUACGGAGGAGGGCGCGCCCUAGGCGGCAGUGGAGGUAGCUAUGGGAGCGGCAGCGGCGGGAGCUAUGGAGGAAGCAGCAAAAGUAGCAGCAAGUACGGCGGCGGCUCCUCGCGCGUGCAGAUCAUCCAAACCUCCACCAACACCUCCCGCAAGCGAAUCGUGGAGUAAGAAGCACAGCGAGUGUCUCACUACUUACACACAGGAUGCGCCCCCUGGCUCUUCUGUCGCCUCCCUCCAUGCCCUUCGUGACUCCCUCUCACUUAGCUUUUCCUGAUGGGUCUCAGCAGUUGUGCUAAUAAAUUUGACUCUAGCUGGGGAAGCAGGGUGGAUAAGCCCAAGUAGCAGCUCCCUCUUUGGAGGGCUCUGGCUUGUGGUCAAAGGCACAGUUACAUUCUCAUUCCGGAUCCCCUCCUCUGUCCCUGUUCCUUACCCUGGGGACACUAAGGCACAUAGUUGAUGAACAAAGAACCCACAGAGCUUCUGCAGGGUGGGUGAUUGAGAGCAUGUCAGUUUCACCAAACGUCUCCACCCCAGGCUUUCUUUCCUGAAUCUUGGCAGCUCUAUGAACGACAUUCCAUCCCCCGAGUUGCUCACAAAAUGAUCCCUAUAGGCAAGUAGCAGAUUUCCAGGCUACCUAACUUGGUAAGGGGAAAUCAGACUGGGGGUCAGUUCUUGCCUCUUUGUAACCUCAUACUUUAAUGUUGAUGGUUGAUGUACUGACUACAUGAGAAGCCUGCAGGUCAUGCCUGUCCUGAUUCUGAAUCUCUGUGUGGAGAAGCAUUAUCUCCCUGGUUUACAGUCCCACAUGGGAGAAUGUCAAACCCCAUGUCCUUGUCUAAAGGAAGGACCGUUCUUAGCAGUGAAGGAGGUAUGACGGACAGAUGAUCAAGUUCUGCUUCUGUCCUACCCUCCAGACAGCUUCAUCUUUGGAAGACUGCCCCGUCCUGCACUCUGCUCCAUUAUGGGCCUGCAGAGAGUGGUCCAAUGAGUGGGGCAUCUGCAGCCCCGUUUGGCUCCAUCUAGGUGCCCAGGGUCUGAAGCCUGAGGAAUGUGAGGAUCUGACUUGGGAGGGUUCCAGUCCUGAGCCAGUCUGGAAGCUGCCUUUUUUUUUUUUUUUCACCAAGGUGGUUUAAUGGUCUUUUCCAGAUCUUACAAGUUCCUUCUCACUUCUGUUCUCUUUGAGCACUUUGUGAGACUUUGAUUUCUACUUUAGGGUCUUAUAAAAGAUGUGCUGGAGGGGGCUGUCAGGGGAAAGUGUCAGCCAACGUGUGGCCUUGAGAGAGGAGUUUGGUUUUGCUUCUAGGAUCUGGAGUCCCCUUCAUUUGCAAGUGGCCUGGAGUCUCCUUGACUGGCUUACUGACGACCUCCAUGUCCAUGAUUCUGUCAGGGCCUCUGAUGGGCUCUGUGUGGGGGUCCCUUGGAAAGUGCUGUGACUUCAUCAUUUCCUGGUUGAAAGGUGUACCUUGAAGGGCUUGGCAUUUCCGGUCUUUCUACAAUAAAUUUUUCUGUGAUCUCAAAAUGUCA